CUCUCGCCCGGGGUCCGGUGCGGGGCCGGGGGGUCCGGGCCCGGCGCAGGCCGUGAGCGAGGACCCCUGUCCGGCGGGAGAACGGGGAGGGCCCUGCCGGUGUCGCCGUCCCUCUGCCGAAGCCGAGCGGUGGCGCGGGGCUCGCCGCGCCCCUCGGGCCUGCCUCCGCUCCGCCUGCCCCGGCGGGGGGCACGGGCAGGGGCUCGGGGAGGUUUUGGAGCUAAGGAAGUGGCAGGAAGCAGCUCCCAGCCCCCAGCAUGGCAGACCAGAAGCGUUUGGCCUUCUCCAUCAUCCAGUUCCUGCAGGACCAGCUGCAGCAUGGGGGAUUGUCUGCAGAUGCUCAGGAGAGCCUGGAAGUGGCCAUCCAGUGCCUGGAGACAGCGUUUGGGGUCUCGAUGGAGGACCAAGGCCUGGCUGUGUCCCAGACUCUGCCUGAGAUAUUCGAGGCUGCUGCAGGGAAGGAGCCUGAGCACAUCAGAACGAACUCAGAGCCUGUCACCCCCUCUGAAGAUGACAUAGCUGAAGCUGAAAGGCUCAAGACUGAAGGAAAUGAGCAAAUGAAGGCAGAGAACUUUGAGGCUGCUGUGUCCUUCUAUGGCAAAGCAAUCGAACUGAAUCCCUCCAAUGCAGUCUACUUCUGCAACAGAGCUGCUGCCUACAGCAAGCUGGGGAACUAUGCUGGAGCAGUGAGGGACUGUGAAAGAGCCAUAGGCAUUGACCCCAACUACAGCAAAGCCUAUGGCAGGAUGGGCUUGGCCCUUUCCAGUCUCAACAAGCACCCAGAGGCUGUGGUGUACUACAAAAAGGCUCUGGAGCUGGACCCAGACAAUGAGACCUACAAAUCCAACCUGAAAAUCGCUGAGCAGAAGAUGAAGGAGACCCCAAGCCCAACUGGGGGGCCAGGAGGCUUUGAUCUGGCAGGUUUGCUGAACAACCCUGGCUUCAUGAGCAUGGCCUCCAACCUCAUGAACAACCCCCAGGUGCAGCAGCUCAUGUCUGGGAUGAUUUCUGGUGGCCACAACACCAUGGGAGCAGCAGGCAGCAGCCCCUCCACGAACGACCUUGCCACCCUCAUCCAGGCGGGCCAGCAGUUUGCUCAGCAGAUGCAGCAGCAGAACCCUGAACUCAUAGAGCAGCUCAGGAGCCAGAUCAGGAGUAGAACUCCCAGUGCCAGCAACGAGGACCAGCAGGAAUGAACCUUCCAGCACAACCCCUGGGGUGAACUCUCUCUUCUUUUGCUUUGAACCACCACAAACUGGAAGCCAUCUGUGUGGUGUUUGCCAUUCCUCCAGCUGGAAGUGUCCAAGGAACCAGAAAGGGAGGGGAAGAAGAAGAAAGAAAUCUCCCAAACCAACCAGCAAUGGAAACAGAACCAAACCAGCCCAGCCCCAGCCCCCUCCCUCCUCCCCCCCCCCACCACCACCGAGGGACUCUGAUCCAACCUGCAUGGUAAAGACAAUUCCCUGCUUGGCUCUGCCCUCAUCAUCUUCAUCCCUGCUCCUCCUCUUCCCACCUCAGCCUUUUUCAUUAGGGAGUUGUUCUUCUGGAGGAUGCAAACCUGAGCCCAGAGCAGCCCCCAGCCCCCUCCUGCAGACACCUGGGGAUAGCUGCCCCCACUCUGACCUUUCUGGGGGGAGCUUCUGUGCUGCAGAGGAGAUCCUUUUGUAACCCCCUCCUGGAGGAACAGCUCUGCAGGACCUCAGCUUCACCUCCCUUUGCCCCAGGCAAACCUCUCCUCUUUGGUUGUUUUCCCCUGCCCUGGUUCAUCUCCCAGGACUGCUCUCAUGGAGCUCACAGCACCUCCUGGCCCCCAGGGGUGAGCUUUUUGCUUUGGGUUUGGUUGUUUCUCCUCCUCAGCUCUGGAGCAGCACUGCUGCUGCUGCUGCUGCCAGGCAGGAGCUUGGUGCUCAACCCACAGAGGUUGGUUUGAGGUUUGGGGUUUGUUGGGUUUGCUUAGGCUGGGGGUGGCAGGGACAAGCCAGAGGGAACCUUCCUGUGUCUGACUCCUUCAGGGAGUGUUUUAAUUCAUCUGCUGGGCUUAAAGCUUUGGGGUUGGGGUUUGGGCUUGGGGUUUUUAGGCUGGGGGUGGUUGGGACAGGCCAAAAGGAACCUUCCUGUGUCUGACCCCUCCAGAGAGUGUUUGAAUUCCUUGCUGCUGGGGGGGAUCCUGUCCCCAGCCUGACAAAAGUGUGUCUGCAGUGUUCAGUGCUUCUGGAGGGGUUGGUGGAGUGCUCAGGCAGGGGGACAGGUCAGGAUGGGGGUUGGGGUUUAACAGAGGGGGGUGGGAGGUGAGGUCCUGGGGGGUGUUUUUAACUUCUUAAUCUGCCUUUCAUGCAUGUGAGGAGCCAGCCUGGGGGGCUGUGCUGAGCAGAGGCCAGAAGGCAGCUGGGGGGAGCAGAAGGGCUCCACAAAAGACUGCUCCAGAUAGCCUGUGGCAGGGGGGGGCUGGAACUGAGAUGAUCUUUGAGGUCCCUUCCACCCACGCUGUGAGUCUGGAGUCAGGAACUCAUGUCCCAGACCCCCUGCUCGGGGGGGGAUUGUUGAGGAGCAUCUUGAGAGGGUGGAGAAUACCCUCUCUGAGGCAGCCCCACAGCUCCCCCCCCCUCUGAUCCCUCACCCACGUCCUGCCUGGGGGGAGCACAAGGCUCUGGCCACUGUGUGACCCCCCCAGAAGUCAGCUAGAGGAGGCCACAUUGCUUCCUGUGCACCUCAGAGGUGGUUCGAGAGGAGAUGGGGGAGGUUUGUUCUGGGUUUAAUGGCAGGGGGGAAGGAGAAACUCACUGCAGGGAGCAGAAGCCCAAGAGGGGUCUGGGGGUGGGUGUGGGGGGGGGGGAAAGGCUGGCAGGAGGGGGGGUAGGGGUGGUGUGGAGUGAGGCAGAGGUGAGUUUGGAGGUGGAGUUGUGGAGAGGAUCUGUAAAUGCUCCAUGAAGUGCUCUGUGGUUGCUGUGACUUGUGCAGAAUAAACUCUUUGGACACUUGG